AUGCCUCGCUCACCGCGCGACCGAUCGCCUCGUGGCUAUGGAAGGAGUCGCUCCCCUCCUCCCCGGAGUCGCGACGACCGUGACAGGAGAGACCGCCGCGAUCGUGACAGGAGCAGGAGCCCGAAGCGGGAACCAGGGUGGGGUGACGAGUACACCGCAAAGGACCGGGAGAGGGAGCGCGAGCGUGACAGGAAGCGGUAUGAUGAGGAUGUGGCCGGAGACAAGGAGAAGUCACCACCUAAGCCCAACAUGAAGAACACCGGGCUGCUCGCGAAGGAGUCAAACAUGGUCAAGGGUGUUGCGCUCAAGUACCACGAGCCGCCUGAAGCGCGGAAACCUGUCGUCAACUGGCGGUUGUACGUGUUCAAAGGUUCAGAGCAAGUCGACCUUAUCCACAUCUACCGCCAGUCUUGUUAUCUUCUGGGCCGCGACGCAGUGGUCACCGACAUUCUGAUCGAACACCCCAGCUGCUCCAAGCAGCACGCUGUUAUCCAGUUCCGCCAGAUCACGAAGACGGACAAGUAUGGCAAGACGACGCAGUCUGUGAAGCCCUUUGUCAUCGAUCUGGACAGCACGAACGGCACAUGGGUGAACGGAGAGGAGAUUCCGCAGUCGAGGUACUACGAGCUGCGGUCAGGCGAUAUUCGGGACGUCGAGCCGGGAGUAUGUGCUGCUCCCUGA